GAAACAAGCGAAUUUAAUCAAAACGUGGAAGCAAAUAUUCGCAGAUUUUCCCUCAAACGCAACGCAAAAGCGACCGCCAACAGGAACAUAGUCACUUCUACUUUUGUGUAUAUAUACCCUUCUCCUUCUCUGUCUCUGCUCCUCACCCAUUUCCUUGUCUCGUCUCAAUCAACUCUUCUCUGCGCUGAUUCCAGAAACUCAGAGAGUUGGAUUUGAUGAAUCUAGAGAAAAAGUUACUAUGAUCCUUGAGGCUGCACAAUCUACCCGAAGAACACGAUGAAGCCCAUGGGUCUUCCUUUGUCGGAUGAGGUGAUAAUGGGUUCUCGGAAGCUGCUUCAAAGUGUUUGCAUACUUUGCUUUCUCUUAGGCUCUUGUUUUGUGUAUCAAAGCCUUUAUGCUGAUUCUCGGGUAAAUGCAAACCCUACUGUGACACUGCAAGUGGAUGCUUCUGACAGCACGGGCCGGUCUAUUCCCGAAACCCUAUUCGGAAUUUUCUUUGAGGAGAUCAACCAUGCCGGGGCUGGUGGACUCUGGGCUGAACUUGUUAACAACAGAGGAUUUGAAGCUGGUGGCCAAAACACACCGUCCAAUAUUUGGCCAUGGUCCAUCAUCGGGGAUCAAUCAUCGAUUUAUAUUGCCACGGACCGUUCAUCGUGUUUUGAACGCAAUAAAAUCGCCCUGAGAAUGGAAGUUCUCUGUGACAGCAAAGAAGGUGGUGGCAAUGGCUGCCCAUCAGGAGGAGUCGGAGUGUAUAACCCGGGUUUCUGGGGCAUGAAUAUCGAAGACGGGAAGAAAUACAAAGUGGCUCUUUACGUGCGUUCAACGGGUGACAUUGAUAUAUCGGUAUCAUUUACAAGCUCAAAUGGGUCAUUGAUUCUUGCCUCUGAAAAGAUUAUAGCUUCGGCCUCUGAUGUCUCGAACUGGACGAAGAAAGAAGUUGUCUUGGAAGCAAAAGGGACAGAUCAUGGUGCAAGACUUCAGCUUACAACAACCAAAAAGGGGUUAAUAUGGUUCGAUCAAGUCUCAGCCAUGCCGGUGGAUACUUACAAGGGGCAUGGAUUCAGAAGUGAUCUUGCUCAAAUGCUUGCAGAUCUAAAGCCCCGUUUCAUCCGUUUCCCAGGUGGAUGUUUCGUGGAGGGUGAAUGGUUAAGAAAUGCAUUCCGGUGGAAAGAAACCGUCGGAGCUUGGGAAGAGAGGCCCGGCCAUUUUGGCGACGUUUGGAUGUACUGGACGGACGACGGACUUGGCAACUUUGAGUUCUUUCAACUGGCUGAAGACAUUGGUGCAGCCCCGAUAUGGGUGUUUAACAAUGGAAUAAGUCAUCAAGAUCAAGUCGAAACUCCCAGUGUCAUGCCCUUUGUUCAAGAAGCACUUGACGGUAUCGAGUUUGCUCGUGGCGAUCCGAAUUCCACGUGGGGAUCUGUCCGGGCUGCAAUGGGACACCCGAAACCGUUUGAACUGAAAUAUGUCGCUGUCGGGAACGAAGACUGCGGGAAGAAGAACUACAGAGGAAACUACCUUAAGUUUUACGAGGCUAUCAAGAAAGCCUAUCCAGACAUCAAAAUCAUUUCCAACUGUGAUGGAUCGUCUCAGCCGCUCGAUCACCCUGCUGAUUACUACGAUUUUCACGUUUACACAUCUGCCAAUAACCUGUUCUCAAUGUACAACAAAUUCGACCACACGUCACGGAAAGGUCCAAAGGCUUUCGUUAGCGAAUAUGCCGUGACUGGAAAAGACGCUGGUACUGGAAGCCUUCUUGCCGCCCUUGCCGAAGCCGCAUUUCUCAUCGGUCUAGAAAAGAACAGCGAUGUCGUGGAAAUGGCGAGCUAUGCGCCUCUCUUUGUGAACACGAAUGACAGAAGGUGGAACCCAGAUGCAAUAGUAUUCGACUCUUCUCGUAUGUAUGGAACUCCGAGCUACUGGGUCCAACGAUUCUUCACUGAGUCGAGCGGGGCAACACUUCUCGGUUCAAAGCUCGAUGGAAACUCUUCUUCUUCUCUCGUUGCUUCCGCCGUUUCCUGGCAAGACAGUGAUGGCAAAGAUUACAUCAGGAUAAAGGUCGUGAACUUCGGAAGUAGUGCAGUGAAUCUGAGAGUUUCUGUGACGGGAUUGAGCCCGGAAAUCGCGAGACUUUCGGGAUUGAAGAAGACUGUAAUUACUUCGAACAAUGUGAUGGAUGAGAACUCGUUCUCGCAGCCAAAUAAGGUUGUCCCGAGCGAAAGCUUGCUGGAAAUAGCGGAGGAGGAUACGAGCAUCGUUCUUCCGCCGCAUUCUUUCUCGUCGUUCGAUCUGUUGAAGGAAUCUGCAGAGAUAAGAAUGGCGAUUUCGGAUUCGAGCAAGACAACUUCUGCUAUGUAAAAACAGGGGAAGUGACAUUGGAAUCUAACCUUGGGAAGAUGCCACUUGAAUCCGUAAUACAGCAUUUACACACUUGUAUAAAUAAUUACUACGCUCUUUUCAAAAUUCAUGAAUAAAAAAAAACAUGUUCUUGAUCUUGA